AAAUACGCCUGUCCAUCUCCAUCACCUUUUUUUAAUAUCUUUUCACCAUAGCUCUAAUUCUCUUUCUCUCCCUCUCUGAGUACCCUCAAGAAUGAAUCCCCACUCACUAUCAUCAUCAUGCAAGAGCACCACCACUUCAUCGGUGAGUGGCUUCUACAACUUCCUCACACAAGCACUCGACGACUUGAAUGCUUCCUUCCCAUCGUCGUCAUCGUCGUCGUCAUCUUCAUCGACCUACAGCAACAACUUCAUGUCGAUUCAGCAUCUGCAGCAAGUCCUCCACUCGCUCCAGUCGGUCCACUCUCGGCUGACCUCCCUCGUCCACGAGCUCCGCCUCCCCGUCGGCGAGAAGUGGCUUGACGAGUACAUGGACGAGAGCGCCAGGAUCUGGGAAGCUUGCAACGUCAUCAAGUUCGGCCUCUCCCGGAUGGAGAGGUAUUACACGACCGCUUCGAAUGUCGUUUCGUCAAUCCUCGGUUUACAUGAUCAUCACUUGGAUCGUCGCCAGGCGCUUCGGGCAAUAGAUGAAUGCAGAAGAGAAGCGUUGGUGUUGGAGGAAGAGAACAAGCACUUAAUGGAAGCAAGAGUUCAACCACUCUCUCUAUGCUUCAACGAGAACGUUUCAUUGGAGUCCAACUUCAAUGGUUUCAGUGGCUUCAGGGGUGCUCUCUACGCGAUGAGGAAUGUGAGCUCGUUGCUCCUGAUGGUCCUCCUCUCAGGCCUCGUCUACACUUGGCCAGACUCGAUCUUCCACCAGGGCGGGUACGAGGGGCACGCCGUGUUCGGGUCAAAUUUCAUGAUCUCCUCGUUGAGGAUCCAACAGAGGAUGGCCGGGGAGAUCGACCGGAUGAGCCGGCGGUCGCCGCCGCCGCCGAUUCUUCUCUACGAGUUCAGGAGAGCGAGGCACGGCAUGGAGGAGCUCAGGGGAGUGUUGGAGAGGGGAGAAGAAGGGGCUGAGCACCAUCAACUGGGGCAGCAGCAUGUGCAAGACAAGGUUGAGAACUUGAAGGGAUUGAUUGGGUGUUUGAGAAGUGGGGUUGAGAGUGUGAUGGUACAACUUGAUGAUUUGUUUGAUGAAAUAGUUGAGGCAAGAAAGAAUCUUUUGGACUUGUGUAGCCGUAGAUAGAGAUAUAGAGAGAGAGAGAGAGAGAGAGAGAGUGUGUGUGUGUGUGUGUGUGUGUUUGCUGUCAAAAUUUCAAACAUGUGAGGCAAUCAAUUGAUUGAUAUAGAGGAAAAGGUGCAAGAGGGUAAGAUCAUUAGAUUCCCCACCCACACACCAAAAAAAAAAAAAACAAAAGAGAGUGAGAGAGAGAGAGAGAGAGAGAGAGAGAGAGAGAGAGAAGAGGGUAGGAUGAAAGUUGUCAAAUUGGUUUGGUUCCAAUUGUUUCCCUUUUCUGGAGGCAUUUUUUUUUAUUAGUAGUACUAUUUAUGAAGAUGUAAAGACAGCUCUAGUAGUCUCACAUUUGCCUAGUAAAAAGAUUCAGGUGAAUCAAAUUUGGUUGCUUUGAAUUCUUUUUGUUGCAUUCAAGUGUUGUUUAAGUUGAUCAAAUGCAGAUUAUGAUUGCCUGGUGUGACA